UAAAAUUAAAAUCAAAAUAAAAAAUCAUAUUUUGUUUUUCUUCACCCUUUCACACCUUAUUUUCACACCACCCUUCUCUUCAUAUAAAAUCUUUCUUCUUCUUUCUUUCUCUUCUUAUCUAUCAUUAUUUUCUUUCAAUUUUCUCAGCAGCCAUGGAGGGAUAUGAUGGUCAUUAUAUGAGUGUGAAUAUCGACAACACAGGUGAUAGGUUUCCUCAUUGGAGUGUUCAGGAGACAAGGGACUUCUUGAUGAUUCGAGCCGAGCUUGAUCCUACUUUCAUGGAAACCAAACGCAACAAGCUUCUCUGGGAUGUGAUCGCAACGAAAAUGAAUGAAAAGGGUUACAAUCGUAGCACAGAGCAGUGCAAGAACAAGUGGAAAAACCUCGUCACUCGAUAUAAGGGAUGUCAAACAAUGAAAUUGGAGACGCAAGGAAUGUGCCAGCAUUUUCCUUUUUACAAUGAGCUGCAGGCGAUUUUCACUGCAAGGAUGGAGCGAAUGCUAUGGACCCAAGCAGAAGGAAGAUCGAAUAACAACGAGGAUGAUAACGAAGAGAGCGAUACAGUCAGAGAGAUGAUCAGUAACAGCAAGAAGAAGAAGAAAAGGAAAGUAAUCAAGACUGGCAUCAACCAAGGUAGUGCUAGUAGUAGUGAAAAGCUCAAGAUUUUGAAGGAGCUUUUGGAGGAGUUCAUGAAGCAAAAUAUGGAAAUGGAGAUGCUAUGGAUAAAGGCCUAUGAGGCAAGAGAAGAUGAGAGGAUGGUGAAGGAGAUGGAGUGGAGGCAAACCAUGGAUGCUCUUGAAAAUGAGAGGAUUAUGUUGGAUAGGAGGUGGAGAGAGAGGCAAGAGCAAAGAGGGAUGAGAGAUGAAGUUAGAGCUGAGAGAAGAGAUGCUCUUGUAACAGUGCUUUUGAACAAGCUCAGAAGAGAAGACUUGUAGUCAGCUUUUGCUUUUUCUAAAUUAAUGGUCUUCCUAAUCCUGUGGGAGAUGGUGUGAGUGCUGCUUUUGACAAAGGGGUUAGGCUAUAUCUGUGCGCCAAUUCGUAUUUGCUGCUUCCUGUAAGGAAUCUUGUUCUAUUUUGUCAUUGAGUUUUGUGGCUACUAGCUUGCUAGGUAGUUCAAACCUGUGGCAUUGUAUAAAGAUCUGUUAUUUAACUGUUCAAUUUUUUUAUAUUGUAAUGGAUUUGGUUUUUUUUUUGGUAGCUUAUCCCUUGCGGGCUGUGUUAAGGACUUUCUUUUCUCUUUGCAACUUGCUCAAUUCUCCUUUGUGUGGAGCUUGAAUAGGUUAUGGUUUCUAAAUGGAUGGAAUAUAGGGUUGCUGUAAAUAUUUUUGAGUAGUGGCAGUGUGGCUAUUCCAAAUAAUCAUGUUGAAGAAUUUUGAGAGGGUUGUUGCAAUUGUUAUGUGGUGUGGAUUGGAUUGUUGUACAUGUGUGUUGUUAUGCUGCUGUGGCCUAGGCUCUUUUGAAGUGGUUUUGCUAUGCUACUGUUUUGUAGAUUGGGCUGUUAUAUCUUAUUACGGAUGU